UCCUGAAAGCUUCUAAAAGCUUCUUCUUCUUCUUCUUUGUUCUUGCUCCUUUCCCAGGCUUCCCAUCCCAAGCCAAGCCUGCUUCAACUUCCACUGAAUCGAAAAGUUAAGGUUAUAACACGCAACGGAAAAACCCUAGUUUUUGCUGUAGUUCGCAUUAUCAUGGCGAUCACCAGAGCCUCCUCCACUUCACGGCUCACAAGGUUGGGUCUCGCCGCUCUCAAGUCUCGCCGCCCGCUCUCUCGAGCCACCGAUAUUGUCCCCUCUGCCGGCCCUGCUCGGGAGGUGAAGCACCCGGCGGCGCCUCGAAUGUUACAGAAUGCUGGGAUUGCGAAACCGGCGUCCUUCAACGACGCUGUAUUUGGCGUAGUAUUUGGUCGUCGGUUGCACUCCUCGUAUCGCUCGUACUCCACAGCUGCCAGAUCUUCUCAGGUUAAUAAUUCAGAGUUCACUGAGAUGGCAUGGGAGGGAGUUGUUGGUGCUGUGGAUGCUGCACAGACUAACAAACAGCAAGUGGUUGAAUCUGAGCAUUUAAUGAAAGCCAUUUUAGAACAGAAGGAUGGUUUGGCUCGAAGAAUUUUCACCAAAGCUGGUCUUGACAACACAUCCGUUCUGCAAGCUACGGAUGAGUUUAUAUCUCAACAACCAAAGGUGACAGGUGACACAAGUGGUACAAGAUUGGGAUCACAUCUCAGUUCUCUAUUGGACAACGCAAGGAAGCAUAAGAAAGAAAUGGGAGAUGCCUUUGUUUCUGUGGAGCAUUUGGUCUUGGCAUUCUUUUCAGAUAACAGGUUUGGGAUCCAGUUAUUCCGGAACCUGCAACUCAGUGAGAAGGCUUUAAAAGAUGCUAUUCAAGCUGUUCGUGGCAGCCAAAGAGUUACUGAUCAGAAUCCUGAAGGCAAGUAUGAAGCACUUGAGAAAUAUGGAAAUGACUUGACAGAGCUAGCUAGGCGAGGUAAACUAGAUCCAGUUAUUGGCCGGGAUGAUGAAAUACGGCGGUGUAUCCAAAUAUUAUCUAGGAGAAGAAAGAAUAAUCCUGUCAUUAUUGGUGAACCUGGUGUGGGGAAAACUGCCAUUGCUGAAGGAUUAGCUCAAAGAAUUGUCCGCGGAGAUGUUCCUGAACCUUUAUUGAAUCGGAGGUUAAUUUCUUUGGAUAUGGGUUCACUGCUUGCUGGUGCCAAGUUCCGAGGAGACUUUGAGGAAAGAUUAAAAGCUGUCUUGAAGGAGGUUACAGCUUCAAACGGACAAAUUAUUUUGUUUAUUGAUGAGAUCCAUACUGUAGUGGGAGCUGGAGCUACUAGUGGAGCAAUGGAUGCUGGAAACUUGUUGAAACCAAUGCUUGGCCGAGGUGAGCUCCGUUGUAUAGGAGCAACCACUUUGAACGAAUAUAGAAAGUACAUUGAGAAAGAUCCAGCUUUGGAACGCAGAUUUCAACAGGUGUUCUGUGGCCAGCCAUCUGUGGAAGACACAAUAUCAAUUCUUCGUGGAUUGCGUGAACGGUAUGAGCUGCAUCAUGGGGUUAAAAUAUCAGACAGUGCCCUUGUUUCAGCAGCAGUUCUUGCAGAUAGAUACAUAACAGAGCGCUUUUUACCUGAUAAAGCCAUUGAUCUUGUUGAUGAAGCUGCUGCAAAGCUAAAAAUGGAAAUUACUUCUAAGCCUACUGAGUUGGAUGAGAUAGAUAGGGCUGUGCUAAAGCUAGAGAUGGAGAAAUUGUCUCUGAAGAAUGAUACUGAUAAAGCAUCCAAAGAAAGGUUAACAAAGCUGGAGAGUGAUCUUGAGGUGCUUAAACAGAAACAAAAAGAGUUAACUGAGCAGUGGGAACGUGAGAAAGUUCUCAUGACUCAGAUACGGUCAAUUAAAGAGGAGAUUGACAGAGUGAACUUAGAGAUGGAAGCUGCUGAACGUGAGUAUGACCUAAAUCGUGCUGCUGAGCUCAAAUAUGGGACGCUAAUGUCUCUCCAACGCCAACUAGAAGAAGCUGAAAGAAACCUUGCUGACUAUCGAAAAUCUGGAAGUUCUUUGCUAAGGGAAGAGGUUACUGAUCUUGAUAUUGCUGAAAUUGUAAGCAAGUGGACUGGCAUACCUUUGUCUAACCUCCAGCAGUCAGAGAGAGAUAAGCUUGUCAUGCUUGAACAAGUUCUCCACAAGAGGGUGGUUGGCCAGGAUAUGGCAGUGAAAUCAGUUGCUGACGCAAUUCGACGCUCUAGAGCUGGACUGUCUGAUCCAAACCGUCCUAUAGCGAGCUUUAUGUUCAUGGGACCUACUGGUGUUGGUAAAACUGAGCUUGCAAAAGCCCUAGCUGGGUACCUUUUCAACACUGAAAAUGCUCUUGUGAGAAUUGAUAUGAGUGAGUACAUGGAAAAACAUGCAGUUUCUCGUUUGGUUGGUGCCCCACCUGGAUACGUUGGUUAUGAAGAAGGUGGUCAACUCACUGAAGUAGUCCGCCGAAGGCCUUAUUCCGUUGUACUCUUUGAUGAAAUCGAGAAGGCACAUCAUGAUGUUUUCAAUAUUCUGUUGCAGUUGUUGGAUGAUGGGAGGAUCACUGACUCACAAGGGAGGACUGUUAGCUUCACAAAUUGUGUUGUAAUAAUGACAUCAAACAUUGGGUCCCACUAUAUACUUGAAACUCUUAGAACUGCACAUGAAGGCCAGGAAGCUGUUUAUGAUGUGAUGAAAAAACAGGUUAUUGAAUUGGCUAGGCAAACUUUCCGACCAGAGUUCAUGAAUCGGAUUGAUGAAUACAUUGUUUUCCAACCUCUCGACUCCAAAGAAAUCAGCAAAAUUGUUGAGAUUCAGUUGAAUCGGGUGAAAGAGAGGCUCAAACAGAAGAACAUUGAUCUUUUGUACACAAAGGAAGUUGUCGAACUUCUUGGGACACUGGGUUUUGAUCCGAACUUUGGAGCAAGACCUGUCAAGAGAGUGAUACAACAAAUGGUUGAGAAUGAAAUUGCCAUGGGAGUCUUAAGAGGAGACUUCAAAGAAGAGGACUCUAUUAUAGUUGAUGCGGAUGUAUCCCCAUCGGCUAAGGAUCCUCCUCCUCAUAGUAGAUUAUUUUUCAAGAAGGUGGAGAAUAGCUCUGGAAUUGAGGCUAUGGUUGCCAAUGACUGAUACUGCAUGCGUGAGCUGUACAUAUAUGCGAAGUAGAACUAGUUACUAUGUUGUUUUUGUUUCCCAUUCAGCAUGAGAGGAUAUUGAUAUCACGAUUCAUGCUUGCUUGUUUGUUUGGUUGGUUGGGCGAUUUGCCCUACAAAAGUUGUAGUUAUGAAUUAUAUUUUUGGUUGAA